AAUGGUGACAGUACAGGUGAAGCAGGGUUGGCUGGAAGGUGACCGUCGCGAGGUGGUGACCGAAGAUGGCUUCUACUACAGCUUCAAAGGUGUGCCCUACGCCGCGCCACCUGUCGGCAAGUUGAGAUUCAAGGCACCUCAACCUCCACUGCCUUGGGAUGGAGUCCGGAACGCAACGGAACACGGCCCGGUCUGCCCUCAAGAAGACAUCUUCACCAAACAGUUAAUCUCAGGCAGUGAAGACUGCCUGUACCUCAACGUGUACUCCCCAGACCUCGAGCCAGCCACACCUCUCCCUGUCAUGGUCUUCAUUCAUGGAGGUGGUUUCAGAAGCGGCUCCGGAAAUGACUCCCACUACGGACCUGACUUCUUAGUCAAACAUGACGUAGUCCUAGUCACUAUCAACUACAGAUUAGAAGCCUUCGGAUUCCUUUGUCUUGACACAAAAGAUGUCCCUGGCAAUGCGGGUAUGAAGGACCAAGUAGCCGCCCUAAAAUGGGUCAAAGAAAACAUUGACAAGUUCGGUGGUGAUCCCUCUAAUGUGACUGUCUUUGGUGAGAGUGCUGGCGGAGCAUCUACUAUGCUACAUGUCUUAUCCCCGAUGUCAAAAGGCUUAUUCAAGAGAGCUAUUCCAAUGAGUGGCGUGCCACUUUGUGACUGGUCCAUGCCCUUUGAACCAGCUAGACGAGCCUUCACUCUCGGGAAAAUUCUUGGAUUUGAAACUGAUGAUCCAGAAAAGCUUCUCGAGUUCUUACAAAGUGUUCCUGCCGAGAAAUUAAUACUCACCAACCCUUGCAUUGUGAGUUUGGAAGAGAAAGCAAACAACCUUUUAAAAAUGUAUCACUUUACACCCGUUGUGGAGAAGAAUCUUGGUCAAGAAUAUUUUAUGAUCGAAGAACCGUUAGAAAUUCUGAAAAAGGGAACGGGCAAUGAAGUAGACGUGUUUAUCGGACACACUAGUGCGGAAUGCCUCAUUGGAUUAGAACCUUACGAAACAUACUUGUUGAAGGAUUACAACAGAUAUCCAGAAAUAUUGGUACCGAGAGAACUGCUUUACAAAUGCAGUCCAAAGACUGUUUUACAACUGUCUGAAAAAAUACAUAAGCAUUAUUUUGGAAAGAAAUUACUUACUACUGAUAUAAUGAAAGAAUUUAUUAACUAUGUGAAUGACACAAGUUUUAUUUAUGCUAUACAUAGGGUGCUCGACCAUUUACCGAAGAUCAAGAACAGCAAGACAUAUUUCUAUAGAUUCUCUUGUAUUUCUGAAAGGAACAUAUUCGGCGCUGCGGGUUUGAAGUAUGGUAUCAACGGGGCCAGUCAUCUAGAUGAUUUGAUGUACCUGUUUCAGGCUAAUUUUGCGAAUAUACCAAUUGACAAGAAUGGCAAAGGAUAUCAGAUGGUGAAGUUAGUGGGCAAGGUUUUCACCAAUUUUGCUAAAUAUGGCACCCCCACUCCAGACUCGUCGCUAGGCCCUGUGGCGCCCCCCUACAGCAGCUCCGAGAGUUACGUGGAGAUCUCCGACGCGCUGCGAGUGGGGCAGGCGCUAGACGCGGACGCUGUGGCCUUCUGGAGGGAGCUGUAUGACGCUGCUGGCGUCGAGUUUUGAGAGUUCAUGUUCUUGGCUAAUAAGGUUUCAGACUAAGAGCGUUUUCACAUUAUUCGAACCGAUGGCUCCGUUCUAAAGCUUUUCCAGUUUUAAAAAUGUCAUUAGUGCUUUUGUAAGCUAAAAUUGUGUGUCCACGAGCCUAUGUAGUUACUAUUAGUUUUAUCUUUUGUUUUGCUACUUUGUGUAUUUUUUUUUUAAGAAAUGGUUUUUUAUGUACAUAAUUUUCGGUAAUUGUGACAAUAUACAUAUUUUUG